AUGUCCCUCAACGCCUCCGCCCCCUACACCACCACCUCCACCUCCAAGCAGCACCUCUCAACCACCACCGCCGCCACAAACACCCCCACCUCAACAACCCCCAGCGACUCCGGCCCCGAGACCGUCGAGCUACAACCCACCUCCGACGACCAGCCCUUCGCCUCCGACGAGGAAGAAGAGGACGACAACGGCGCCUCCUCCCCCGCCGCCACCGACGACCACUACACCAGCGCCGAGCACCGCGCGCGCGCCCUCGCCUCCGGCUCCGAAGCCGACGACUACGACGAAGACGCCGACGACGACGACGACGACGACCACACCGUGACCGGCGAAGAAGAAGAAGAGGACGAAGAAGAAGAAGGCGCCUCCUCUCCGGGAGCCUACUCUGCCAGCGAAGACGAGGACGACGACCCCUCGCAGCUGGACCCGGCCGUGGCCGAGGAGAUGGACAAGUUCGAAGCCACCUUCAAGGGCUUCUCGCGGCGCUUCCGCCUCGUCAACAAGAUUGGCGAGGGCACCUUCUCGAGCGUGUACAAGGCCGAGGACCUCGAGUACGAUCUGUACGACAACUCGUGGGAUCACUCGCACACGGGCUCCUCUGGGGGGCGGCGUGCGGUCGGGAAGCCAAAGUACGUGGCGGUGAAGAGGAUCUAUGUCACGAGCUCGCCGGCACGGAUCCAGAACGAGCUCGAGCUGCUGCACGACCUGAGUGGGUGCGAGAGCGUGGUGCCGCUGAUCACGGCGUUCCGCUGCCUGGACCAGGUGGUGGCCGUGCUGCCGUACUUUAAGCAUGUGGACUUUCGAGAGUACUUUCGCGAGCUGAGCAUGGUGGAUAUCAAGUGCUACUUUAGGAACCUGUUUCAGGCGCUGAGGCAUGUGCAUAACCAUGGGAUCAUCCAUCGGGAUAUCAAGCCUACCAACUUCCUCUACGACUUCCGCCGCGGCCGCGGCGUCCUCGUCGACUUCGGCCUCGCCGAACGCGAAGGCACCGACUCUCAAUUCUGCCUCUGCCAGCACACCACCCCCCCCACCACGCGCCCGCCCACUCUCGCCCCCUCCCUCGGCUACCCCAAACACGACUCGCGGCCCUCGCGGCGCGCCAACCGCGCCGGCACCCGCGGCUUCCGCGCCCCCGAGGUCCUCUUCAAAUGCACCUCCCAAACCACCAAACUCGACAUCUGGUCCGCCGGCGUAAUCCUGCUCACCAUCCUGUCUCGUCGCUUCCCGUUCUUCAACAGCAGCGACGACGUGGACGCCAUGAUUGAGAUCGCCACCAUCUUCGGCAAGGCCAAGAUGAAGGCGUGUGCGGCGCUGCAUGGGUGUGUGUUUGAGACGAGUAUUGCCACGAUUGGGGAAAGGGGUUUUACGCUGGAGAAGAUUGUGCUUUGGGCGACGAAUCGGACGGCGAAUGGGAGUAGUAGGGAUGGGACGGGGGAUCAGCGGCUGGGGAGGGAGGAAGCCGAGGCGGUGGAGUUGCUGAGGGGGUGCUUUGAGUUGGAUCCGGCGAGGAGGUGGGGCGCGCAGGAGGCGUUGGAGUGUGUGUUUUUGAGGGAGUAG